UUCUUCAAAUCACGUGACUUGCAAUGGCGGCCCCUCGUGUUGUAUGCGGCUGUUGUCAAAACUGAUAACAAUUUAAUUCCUAUUGCAACUGAACGCAUUUCUUAAAGGUAAAUUUGCUAAUUAUAGUCGUUUCAUCUGUUAAGAUUGAGACGAGCAAAUACAUGUGCGAAGAAGCUAUUUUUUAGUGAGAGAAUUGCUACCACACGUUGCUAGCUAAACACGGAAGGAUUUGGUUAGCUGAACUUUAUGCCUCGUUUUAAAACAAAAUUGUCUAGAAAUGAAGACAAAGAACACGGAAAGGAAGCAAAAGGGUUUCCCCCCGGCAAAGUCUCGGAAACGGAGCAUUCAAAUUAAUGGUCAAUGGAAGGCGAUCGAGUUAGAGGCCGGGCUUUUCUCCGAGGACGACCUGAAGGGUCUGGUUUGUUUCGAGGAGCUGAGCAGUUAUAGUCUAGUGAACUCCGAAAGCGCUCCAGCAAAUGCACAGGACGGCUACAUACGAGGUAAGAAAAAAGCCAAGAAAAGAAAGUCGACUGCAGUCGAGAAGGGAGAUGUGGACAGCAAGCAGUCCGAAAAGACAUCUGUACCAGCAAAAAAGAAGAAGAAAACUACUGCAAAUGACUUAACCCAAGAUGAGAUCAUCACGGUGGAAGUGACACAGAUGGAUGCUGGUGAAAAACAGGGCCCUUUCAACACACAACAACCAAAACUGAAGAAAAAGACUCAAGGAGAGAAGAACAAGAAUCAGAAUGGUGCUGGAAGGGGCACACAAGAAAAAAACCACACCGACAAAUCAAGCCAAGGUGUAGCAAUAAAGCCUAAAAAGCAGUUCAAAAACUGGUCAAAUGCUGCACUUUCUGGUUUGCAUGUGGAAAACACAGACAUGAGUGCAUGGAAAGACCUCUUUGUUCCCCAAGUUGUGCUGAAGGCCCUCAGCAGCCUCGGUUUCACCUCACCGACCCCAAUUCAAGCCUUGACGCUGCCUUCCGCCAUCAGAGACCGAAUGGAUAUACUAGGAGCCGCUGAGACGGGAAGUGGCAAAACGUUAGCCUUUGGAAUUCCCAUGAUCCACAACAUCCUGGAGUGGAAGAACAGCUUUAGAAAACCUGCAGACGAACACAUUGAGCCAAACAGUCUAGAGCCCCCUAAAGCCAAUGAAGGGAGUUCUGAAGAGUUACCUGUGCAGGACCAAAAUGAAGGAAGUCUCACGGAGCAGGAUGAACCUGCCGAGGAAGAUACCAUUGUCGAUGAGCACAGUGACGAAGAUGGGAGGCUGGGAUGCGUAAAGGUCAUUGAAGAUGUGGUGUUAGAUUUUGAAGGCAACGCUGCUGAAGCAGGUGACAAAAACGGUGCUGAUGGUCAGGGUCGGCCUCUGCUCGGGCUUGUCCUCACCCCCACCAGGGAGUUGGCAGUCCAAGUGAAACACCACAUUGAUGCUGUGGCAAAGUUCACUGACAUCAAGACAGCCAUUCUAGUGGGUGGAAUGGCACAACCAAAGCAGCGAAAGAUAUUGAAUCUUAAGCCGGAAAUCGUCAUCGCCACUCCAGGUCGCCUGUGGGACAUGGUCAAGGAGAGACAUCCGCAUCUUCUCAACCUCGGGCAGCUCAGGAACCUGGUGAUUGACGAAGCAGACCGCAUGGUAGAACGAGGUCACUUUCAAGAGUUAGAGUCUCUCCUCGAGAUGCUCAACACAACUAACUUUAAUCCCAAAAGGCAAAACUUUGUGUUCUCUGCCACGCUGACCAUGGCUCACAGCCUUCCUCCACGCCUGCUGCAGAAGAAGAAGGUGCAGCAGACGGACAAGGUUGCCCUCCUCAUGGAGAAAGUUGGGAUCAAGUCCAAGCCCAAAGUGAUUGACCUCUCCAGGAAGCAGGCCACUGUGCAGACCUUGACUGAGGCCCAGAUCCACUGCCAAAAAGAGGAGAAGGACUUCUUCCUCUACUAUUUCUUGUUGCAGUAUCCCGGUCGCACCAUGGUCUUCUCCAACAGCAUCGAUUGCAUCAAGCGGCUCACCUCGCUGCUGGUCAUCUUGGACUGCACGCCGCUGCCGCUGCACGCCAACAUGCACCAGAAGCAGCGCCUGAAAAACCUGGAAAGGUUUGCUGAGAGAGAGAAUUGUGUUUUACUGACGACUGAUGUGGCGGCAAGAGGACUGGAUAUUCCCGAUGUCCAACAUGUCAUUCAUUACCAGGUUCCCCGCACUUCUGAGACAUAUGUCCAUCGCAGCGGCAGAACGGCGAGAGCUACAAAGGAGGGUCUGAGUUUACUCCUCAUUGGUCCAGAAGACCUAAUCAACUUCAGAAAAAUUUACAAGAACCUCUCCAAGGACGAGGAGUUUCCUGUUUUCCCCACAGAUAGCCACUGCAUGGAGGCCAUCAAAGAGCGUGUUGAAUUGGCCAGACAGAUAGAAAAGAUUGAGUUCUUCAACGGCAGGAAAAAGCACCACAAUUCCUGGCUAAAACAAGCAGCAGAGGCCAUGGACAUUGUCCUUGAUGAAGACCUCUUACUUGGAGGUAACGGCAGGGACGAGGAGGAUACCAGUGGGGAAAAGAAGAUGGUGAAAGGCAUGAAAAAACACCUGAAGCACCUCAUCUCACAGCCCGUGUUCAGGAGCGUGACAAAGACCAAGUACCCCACUCAGAUGGGACGCCUGUGCCUGGAUAAAGUGUCUGUCGUAGGGGAGAAAAGCGCCAUCUCAAGGGUUUCAGCUGAGCAGAAUAAGAAAAAAAAGAUUGGCGGUCCACCGCAGUGCAAAAAAAAGCAGCAGCAAAAAGAAAGGCAGUGAACACUUUAGUGGAUACAUAGAAUCAGGUUGAUAAAAAUUGGACAGCUUGUUGAUGGAAUCAAGUUACAUUGCAAUUUUAAUGAUAUUUUAAUUAAAGAAUGUCCUUUUUCUACAGUGAAUGCUGGCAGAUACUCUAACUUGGUUGUAAGGUCUCAAGACAAAACCAUUAGGUCCACUUUUCAGUACCGCUAUAACUAAUAUUUGUUCUAAGAGUCUUAGCGAUAAUCCGUCAUUGCUUUUACUUGUUAGCUCCACAUUCAAGCGGCGGUCAGUCACUUUUUGUGCGUGUCGCUACAGGCUUCUCUACAGACCUUAAAUAAAGCUUUGGAAGGAACUAUCUGGCAUCUACAGACGUGGGAGUUGCAAGUUUGAUCAUUUAGUUUUUCAACAAUUUAUCACCUUUUUCUAAAAAUGUGAGCACACUGUUAGCAAUGUAGCUCACUUUGCUAUGUAACUGUUAAUGUGUGUGAUAUCACACUUCUUAUUGUGACAUUUUGUGUGAUAAAUGACAUUGGACAUCGA